GGGGGGGGGGGGACAGAUAGCUUGUGGUAUCAAAAACAAGCAGCGGAGUUACGUUGGCUAAGCUAGCUCUGCUAUCUCAACGGCAGUCAGCCCGCAGCUGGCUGCUCGCUUCCUCAACUUUUGCAACUCAACUGCCACGAUUAUAACACGAACGACCUUUUUUUAAAAAGGUUUGAAGCAAUGGCGUGUGGAGCUACCCUGAAGAGGAGCAUGGAUUUCGAUCCGCUCAUGAGCCCGGCUUCCCCCAAAAGACGAAGGUGUGUGCCCGUGUCUCCGUCGUCCUCAUCCCCCAGGAAGUAUCUGAGUUUGGAGCCCUCGCCCUUCGGGGAGUCGUCGUCCAGGCUGAGCGCAGAACAAAUCCUCAACAGCAUCAAGCAAGAGUACAAACGCAUACAAAAGAGGAAGCAUCUAGAUGCUGGAGGCUACCAGCCAGCAGACUGCUGCUGCUCUCCAGAAUCUCCACCCCAGUCCACCAUGUCAGCGACGUCCUCUGGAGGCAGUUCUCCGUCGAGGAAAGAGCAGCCGCUAUUUACCCUCAAACAAGUCGGGAUGAUCUGUGAACGCUUGCUGAAAGAAAGGGAAGAGAAGGUCCGGGAGGAGUAUGAGGAGACCAUGACUUCCAAACUGGCAGAACAAUACGACACUUUUGUGAAGUUCACGCACGACCAGCUAAUGCGACGAUUCGGCGAACAACCUGCAAGCUAUGUUUCCUGAGCGCACAGAUCCUGUGACAUCUCCGGGAAGGGGGGGGGGAAACACACUCAAAGCUCAUCGUUGACGUGACAAGUUUCAGUUUAUAGCUAGUUUAAAUGAAACUUAUUUCUUACUGUGCCAUAUUUCUGUGGUUGGGCAAAUGGUUGUAAACAACCCGGUGCUUCCCGAUGUAAGCGGACCACCCCCCCCAGUCUCUCUCCACCUGUGGUUGGUCCGUGUCCCAGAUGUGCGCGUGCUGACACUUCUCACACUUUUUGUGACGAUUUCCCAGCAUUCCAGGCUUCUCACUCUUCUGUUUGUUACGUGUAAAUAUGACAGAGCAGCGUAGUUUGCUGGUCAAUCGUGGAUGACCGUUAAAACCCGACGCUUGCGUCUCCUUUUUAUAUAAUUAAGUAGUUUAAUUAGAUUUUGGGUUUUUCUUCUCCUUCUCUCAACCAGUGUUUUAUUUAUUUUGAUUUGUUUUACUUGUAUCACUUUGAAUCCAUUGUACUUAUCAGAAGAAAACAAUAAAGGAUCUUUUAAUUUUAAA